AUGAAGGCUGACCCAAAUCAUCUAGACAAGUACAAGUAUUAUUGUUUCCAUCGUAAUCACGGCCACAACACGACCGACUGCGUGGAUCUCAAAGAUGAGAUCGAGACCCUCAUCCGUAAGGGUCAUCUACGCCGAUAUACCAAGGAGGAGAGAACAGCUCUGAGAGAAGAGCAAGAGCAGUCGAGCAAUGCUGUAGAAGAGCCAGUUGAGAUCCGUGCCAUCUUUGGUGGCUCAUCUGGUGGAGUGGACUCGAACAGGGCCCGUAAAGCCCAUUCUUGGAAGUCUGGUCUGGAACACUACGUCCACAUGACCGAGAGGUUGAGCAAUGAGCUCCGAGUCAGCCCACAUGAUGACGCCUUGGUGGUGACUAUGACCAUAACUAACCACAGGGUGUACUGCAUCCUGGUCGACACAAAAGCUAAGCUGAUGUUAUCUACUAGGGAGCCUUUAAAAGAAUAA